ACUGGAUAUACUUCACUUUACUCAUAAAAUGACGAAGCUCUGUCACCAAUUCGCUGUAACUUUCCUUCGAAAUGUAGUCUCAGGUUUCUCCCUUAUCUGUAAGGGAGAAUUUAUGUUUCGCCAACUACAAACCUCAAGUGACAGGGCGGACAUUAUAGGUUAGGGUUCUUAAUUGAAUCAUAUAUAUAUGCCUAUAUGUUCUCAACCUGUUUGGGCAUCUAUAUAUUGAUUGUUUUCUCAGAAUACACAGUAAUUUAUGUAUAUCUUCUGCUCAGAGAAGAAGUUCUAGAUUUUCAUUCAUGGACAAAGGCAAGAAACCAAUUGAAGAAAAAGAAGAUAUCCCACCAUUCUUAGGCUAUGAUCUGUCGCUUGCUUUAUCAUCAAAGCCUAUCUCAUCAAACAAGCUGCCAUCAUCAUCUGAAAUAUCAGGUACAGGUGCACAGGAACAGGUUGUCUAUUCGGAUGAAACGGAGAGUGAUGGGGAACUCCAUUUGAAAUUCAUGACAAGGAAUGUGCGGUAUUCGAAUUUCAAGAAGACUACAGAGGGAGAAACAUCAAAUGUAGCUGAAGAAGCUGGGAAUGGAAAGGCAUCAGGAGAAGCUGCCCCUGAAGGAGUUGUGUUGGCCCAAGAUAUAGUAUUGCCUGCUAAAGUUAAACGAAAUCCACCAUCUAAUUCUAAAGCCUUGAAUACUGAAGAGCUUGCGGCAAUGGCUAGAGAGGAUCCAAAGCGUGCAAGAAGAAUACUCACCAAUCGGCUGUCAGCUAUGAGAUCUAAAGAGAAGAAAAGGAUAUACACUAGAAUGCUUGAACAGGAGCGAGGAGUCUUGCAGUCUCAAUCAAAUGUAUUAUCAGCCCAAUUGUCCCUUUUGCAGUCAGAUAUGAGAGCCUUGUGUGCUGAAAAUGCCAAACUGAAAGAACGUCUGAACACAGUGUUGCCGCUGCUCCAACUGCAAGAAUCAGCACUUAAUGAACAAAUAAGAGCAGAGAUUCAGCAUUGGAAGACAAUGAACCCAAAAUUUGUUCAAACUGGAGGGACCGUAAUCAACAUCAAUGCAUUUUCUGCAGACAAUGUUCAAGCGGGUGCUGUCUUAGGUGCUACACCACUUUUUCCGCUCCUCCCAGCUCAGAUUCCAAAUCUGCAGGAACAGUUCUGGAGAUAUCCCCAUCAAGGUCAACAUGAACUGGGACAACAUACUCAACCUCCACUGCCCCAGCAAUAUUUCCCACAACAACCUCACUUCCAGGGGCAAAAUGAACAACCAGACUCCCCAAGUGUUGGCCCACCAAGCUCUGAGGAUGAUAGCAGGACUGAGCCAGAAUAGGAAGAAUAAACUGGAGCCCGACAAAUGAACAAUAAACUGGUCAUCGACGUAGGGAGUCACAUUAAACUCAUUUCCAGUUAUAGCUCUGGUGUCAUUUCCUUUGGAUUCUUUCGUUGCAAGCACAAGUAUCUCAUAUAAUUUGACAACAAAAUAUGGAUUUCUUGUACAAUUUACGGUUCUUAUAUUAAGAAGACUUUCUGGUAUCUCAUAUAAUUUGACCAAUCAAAAUAUGGAUUUCAUGUACAGAUUAUUAUGUUUCUUAUGUUAAGAAGACUUUCUGGUA